GUUGGCCACUUGAGGCUGGUGAAUGGUCAGUCUCUCAUUGACCGCCCUGUCCUUGACGAAGCCGAAGUAAUCAGCACGCGUCGUAUUUUGGUUCAUUUGCAAUCAAAAGAUGAACCUGUUAUGAAGCUCUACCUUUGGGACCAGGCUGCAAAGGACUUUUACAAGAAAUUCACAUCCAGUGAGGACACUCCCACCGUUCUUUUGGUCACGACCGUUAACCCAAAAGUUAUAGCAGGUAAUUUAGCUCUCAGUUCGAUGGCCUCCUCCCGUGUCUUUAUAGACAAAGAUAUUCAGCCCACGAUUGAUUACUUCAGCUGGUUGGGUUCUAACCCAGAGAUUGCAAAGCGGGUAAAUGCAGAUGAGGUUACUAGGUCUGAGACAAUGACAAUUGGGCAGAUAUAUGCUUACAUCAAGCAGGAAAAUGCCAAGGAAGCUUCUUUCGACUGCAUAGCCACAAUUGAUGAUGUUAAGCGUGACAGUGCAUGGUACUAUAUUGGCUGCAGCGGUUGUCAAACAAAGGCCACCAGAGGUCCUUCUUCGUUAAUGUGCGCCAAGUGCGGCAAAACUAAUGUGUCUGGUGUAGCGAAGUAUCUCGCAAAGAUCUCUGUCUAUGACAAAAAUGACCAGGCUGUUUUUGUCCUACUUGGUGAUGCAGGAAGUGAGUUGACAGGAAAGAAUGCGGCAGAAUUGGUUAACAACUACUUUGAGGCUAAUCAAGACCUUGGUGCUGGCCAUCAGAUGCCUGUCCCCCAAGCAUUAAUCGACACCAUUGGCCAAACACAUAAGUUCAGGGUCAAGGUGUCUAAGCUCAACUUGACAGGCAAGAUUCAGGCCAUAACCGUUACGAAGAUUGUCUCAUCAGAGGUUCUGCCACCUGUGCCAACUCCAACUGAAAUCCCACAUGAUGUGGAAGAUGAAGUUGCCUUGCCUUCUGCAAUUGUCAUUGAUGGCUCUGGAUUCAAAGCUGAUGAUGCGGACGGAAGUACCAGCAGCAUGGAUGAAUCACGCAAGGCUAAGCGUCCCAAACAUGGCAAAUAGAAUUUAUGCCACUCAUUUUAUACAUGCUAAGUGGUCGCCUUUUUUAUUUCAGUUUGAGCUAAGACUAUGCUUUUUUGGUUAUUUUAGACUUUGUGUCUACAGAACAACUUCGUUUUUUUUUUGGUAAUGCCUACUGUCCUUCAGAUGAGUCUAUACAAUUGAGGCAACACUCCUUCUCUGAUAAAUUAGAUACAUAACACGGACAUA